CUGCAAGAGCGUGCGCACGUGCCUUUGCGUCUUACAAAUCCGCGUCCGCGUUGUUGUUAUUGUCAUUCGUUGAGCGUCGUCGUCGUCGUCGUCGUCGCGCGGGCUUCGCGUUGUUUGUGUGUUUUUCCAGACAGCUCCACACGCACUCGAAGUUAUUUCCAGCAAAAUAAGAGGAAAAAAGUGAACAUUCAAAGUGUCCAAAAAAGGGGCGCACAGCGCGAAGCAACAUCAUCCCCACCGGUGGUGGUGUGUGAUUGGUGGGUGUCGAAUCGGUGUUUACCUGUCUGAUAAAACAAAAUUGUGAACCAUGGGGGUGGGUUGGUUACGAAACUAGCCAAUCAACGACGACAACGAGGAAGUGAAAUGAACGCCAAUUAGCUGUCAGGAAAUUUCACUGUUUGGUGCCCAAGUGUGGAAAUUUAAGUGCCAAUUUAAGACCCUUUCCCUAAGAAGCAAAACCGUGACCUAUCAAUCUUCGGCAUUUCUUAAAUUUCAUACAUGAUUUUUAGUGUUAAGAAAAAUUAAAUUAAUAAAAUUAUAAUAACCCCUUAAAAAAUCUCUCUACCCACAUCCAGAGUGUGAAUCGAUUAGCAAAGUUGGCUGUGAGUGUGUUGUCGUCGCGAAAAUGCAUCAAACGUGAAGCACGUGGUGGAAUUGGAAAGUUGUGACAGCACACUCGCUCGCACAAACAAACCAAAACACAAACAAAUAUAUAUAUUGCAUACCAGAAGGGGAGAAAAGCGUGUCGCCGCCGUUUUGCAAUAUUUCUUCAGCGUCGCUGCCUUCGACUGAAAAAUAAAAUAAGGGCCGAAGGAAAGGAAGGAGUGAAAAUCCGCCUGCUUUGAUGCAUAUUUUUGCAAACACCCGCCGCAACGAUGUUGGGCUAUCUCGCUGCAUCAUUGUUAGUUUUAAGUACCAUCUACUCGAUUGAUCCCAGCAGUGCUGGUCCGCUGGACGCGCUAAGCUGGGCCCGGAUGGACAACAUCAACCUGCCAUGGCUGCCAUAUGAGAACAUGACCCGCUGCUACGGCGAGUUGGGAUGUCUCAACAUUACCAAGGAGUGGUACCACUUGAUCUUCCGCCCGUUCAACGUGUUCCCCCUGCCGAGGAGCGUCAUCAACACGCGGUUCAUCCUGUACACGGAGAAAAAUCCGACCGACGGUCAGCUGUUGCAGGCCGAGGUGAAGGACACCAUCAUGAAGAGCCACUUCCGGUCCGACUGGGACACCAAGUUCAUCAUCCACGGCUUCAUCGAUACGCCGCUGUCCAACUGGGUGUCGGAGAUGCGUGACGAAUUGAUCACCCGCGGCGGGUUGAACGUGAUCGUGGUGGACUGGGCGGGGGGAUCGUUGCCACUGUACACACAGGCCACGGCCAACACACGGUUGGUUGGGCUGGAGAUCGCGUAUUUGAUCAAGAAGUUGGGCGAGUACAAGGGCUUGCGAGCGGAGGAUGUCCAUUUGAUUGGGCAUUCGCUGGGGGCUCACACAGCUGGAUAUGCGGCUGAGCGGACACCCGGAUUAGGUCGAAUCACUGGCCUUGAUCCGGCUGAACCGUACUUCCAAGGAAUGGACCCGAUCGUACGGUUGGACCCAUCGGACGCUUCUCUCGUGGAUGUAAUUCAUACGGACGGGCGUAGCGUGUUCCGGUUGGAGAUUCCCGGCUAUGGGAUGUCACACGCGUGUGGCCACUUGGACUUUUAUCCCAACAACGGUAAGGAACAGCCGGGAUGUGCGUUGUCGCAGGAGGGUGCCGCCACAAUUCCGCUUACCCUGAUCAAGGACGGAAUCGAAGAGGCGUCGCGGGUUCUGUUGGCCUGCAAUCACAUUCGAGCCAUCAAACUAUUCAUCGACAGCAUUAACGGCAAGUGUCCGUAUGUCGCUCACCGCUGUCCUUCGUACCAGCAUUUCCUCAGUGGUAACUGCUUCAAAUGCACGUCUGGCAAUUGUGCCCUCAUGGGUUACCACGCGUCCCUGCCCAUCACCACAACCAGGCAGAACAUUUCCGAGAACGACAUCGCCGUCGGUUCGUCGAUUCCCGUCGCACCCCAGCCGGGCAAAUACUUCCUGGCCACCGGGCGGGACUUUCCAUUCUGCCAGCGCCACUACCGCUUCACGAUCGAGCUGGCCAAGCCCAAGUCGGCGGAACCGUGGGUCCAGGGCCACCUGACGGCCGGCAUCUUCUCCGAGCGGGGCGCCAUCCGGAGCAUCGACCUGACGCCAAAGGGAACGGCACGGUUCGAGCACGGCACCGUGUACCAGGUGGUGGUGACCAAUCCGCACGACCUCGGUGACCGCAUCCGGAAGGUCGAGCUGAGCUGGACGCACGACAUGAACGUGCUGGAGCCGACGACGUUGUGCUUGCUGUGGUGCAACAAUCACCUCUACGUCAAGACGAUCCAGGUCGAAACGAUGCAGAUGCCAUCGCGGGAGAAGCGCAACACAGAGUACUCCAACAAGCUGUGUGCGCAGAAGCGUGAUUUUGCCGACAUUGCCAGCCGUGGAACGUACGCAUUCUACGACAACUGUAAACGAUGAAAUUCCUAUCACACCGAAUCACACUUCAACCUUCCAGCGUAGUUAAUAUAAUAUAUAUUUCAACAAACUGCCGUUUAGCCAACAAGAAGAAGGAGAAGAUGAUCAGAAGACAAAUCCAAUCGAAAGAGAGAGAGAGAUUAUAUUCGUUAUUAUUUUGUUUCUAGCGUUCAUCUAGACUAGACUAACCACCUUUUAAAAAACCCAAUAUGUAUUCAAUGAAAACCCCAGUUUAAAAAAAAACCAUUUCGGUAGAAAGAUUUCACUCGACCCGACGACCCGACUCCGCGUUCGAAUGGUUUAAGAGUGCGCGCAAGAAGCGAAAGUGAGACGAAUGUUUGAGGCUGAUUGUAAACAAAGUCAUUUAAUUUCGUUAUAAAUAUAUGUUAGAUUAUAAGGUUCAAUCACAUAGCGAAACUUGUGUUCCAAACAACCCCCCCGCAAAACUUUAUCCCAAGUAUUGUACAAAUUUGUCUAGAGCGUAGUAGCGAUUCGAUUCGAGGCAGGAGUAAACCGUUUUUUUCCGCGUGCUUUUAUUAUUACAUUGUAAGAUUAUUUCUAUGAAAUUUACUGAAACUCCCAAAAAACUGAAACAAACUUAAUAAGUUUACCUGUUGUUAGGGUUAAAUUUUCAACUUUUACAAAAACCGUUAGAAAAAAAAAGUAACGUUUUCCCCUCAAAACUAUGCUUAUUUUACGCGCGUCCUUAUUUCGUUUUUAGUUUCGUAAACGUUGAUUUUACGCUAGUUCUAUCAUGUUCUGUAGUCUUGUCUUUAGUUUACCUGCUAAGCUAAGAAAUGUGAUACAUUGUGAAAUAAAUAAAUUAUAGACAA